CUUCCCGAAUAUAGUAUUUAGCCUCGGGAAAACCUCUGUAAUGCUCGUCCGUUUUCAGUCACCUGCAUAAACAUUCCUUCUGCGGCUUCUUGCGCAAACAGGGUUACAUGAACGUACGACGUGGCGGAGGUGAUGUCAUUAGCUAGAAACAUGUCCGACAGUAAGCUCAGAAGUGAGUUGAUAAACUUUGGCUACAUUCCGGGGCCCAUAACAGAUAGUACUCGUGGGGUCCUGGAGAAGAAGCUCGAGAAGCUACGGUCGGCGGCUAAACACCCCGUGGGCAGCAGCCAAAGAAGCGAAAAUGCCACAAAAAUCCGGCGCCGGGAGCCACAGGUUGACAGCAGUGCUGACGAUAAGACUUGGAAGACUCUGACAUCUGACCGCCGGAGACAGUCUCACGAACAGUCUCCUAAAGAGAGAGUGCUGGAAGAGAGCAGCAGGAGGGGAGAUGGGGAUAGGAGAGUAGAUGAGAGCAGCAUCUUACCUGCUCACAUUGAGGAGAGUGCCCUGACGAAUACCUCCCUUGCUUACAACCCUGGUUAUAAUAGGUAUUCCACUGACAUCCCCGAGAGAAGCUCCACUGGUUAUAAUAGGUAUUCCACUGACAUCCCCGAGAGAAGCUCCACUGGUUAUAAUAGGUAUUCCACUGACAUCCCCGAGAGAAGCUCCACUGGUUAUAAUAGGGAUUCCACUGACAUCCCCGAGAGAAGCUCCACUGGUUAUAAUAGGUAUUCCACUGACAUCCCCGAGAGAAGCUCCACUGGUUAUAAUAGGUAUUCCACUGACAUCCCCGAGAGAAGCUCCACUGGUUAUAAUAGGGAUUCCACUGACAUCCCCGAGAGAAGCUCCACUGGUUAUAAUAGGUAUUCCACUGACAUCCUCGAGAGAAGCUCCACUGGUUAUAAUAGGGAUUCCACUGACAUCCCCGAGAGAAGCUCCACUGGUUAUAAUAGGGAUUCCACUGACAUCCCCGAGAGAAGCUCCACUGGUUAUAAUAGGUAUUCCACUGACAUCCCCGAGAGAAGCUCCACUGGUUAUAAUAGGUAUCCCACUGAUGUCCCUGAGAGAAGCUCCAUUAAUUUUAAUAGGUUUUCAGGUGAUGAGCUGAGGUACAGACCAAUAAGCGACAGCAUCAGGGACCAGAGGAAAAGUCCAUAUAUCUCCAGCAAUAGGUCUUCGCUAGACUCUUUAUCUCCUCUGACAUAUGCUGGCCUAAAGCAGGAAAAAAUGUCACAUUUGAAGCCAUCCUGGGCUAAAAAGCUAGAACGUUACUUGUCAAGACUGCUGCGGUUGCUGUGUGUGGUCCUGGUUCUGGUCUUCUCUGGUAUCCUAAUUAUGAAGAGUGGCAUCUUGAGUACAUCUCAGGACGAUGGCAUGAAACUGGUUCCUUCUGACUGUGAAGGCAGACAAGAUCCGUUUUGCAAAGCUAAGCAAAAGGAAAUUACACUCCGAAUCUUGUCAGAAUUGUAUGAUUUUUUGUCCUUACAGGCAGGCAGUUUUGAGUGUGGAAACCCAUCUGGUCUGAGCAGUAAAUGUGUUCCAAUAAACACAGCAAAAGAGCAUGUGCUGAACGUUAGUGGAUUUGCAGCAGAAAAAUUUGACGCUGCCCUGGAAUGGAUGCUGAGCAGUAAGAAACACCUUGGCAUAUGGGCAAAGGGUGAGGGCACUGAAGAGCGUGUCACAUUGCGUGCUGAUGUCUUUUGUGUUGAAUCAUCUCGGCCAAGACUUGGAUUAAUUUGUCGACUGAAGAAUGCACUUUACACAGCAAUUUCUAAUCUCUUUUUGGCUCUUCUUGGUAUCUUCAUGCUUUGGAUAGUAUUGAUUUUCCUGAGAUAUCAUUGGCAGAGGUUGGAAGAAGAAGAGAAGCAGAUGUUUGUGAUGGUAGAGAAAAUCAUUGAUGUUGUGAAUCAUCAUUACAAGGACUGGACUUUGGGACGAGAGCAGAACCCAUACAUUGGUAUCUUGCAUGUCAGAGAUUCAUUGAUAAAGCCUCAAGAUAGGAAACAUUUAAAGAGAGCCUGGGAUCGUGCAGUACAAUUUGUUGAAGCUCAUGAAUCCCGUGUCCGUACCGAACUGCAGCGUGUAGCAGGAGCCGAUUUGAGGGUUUGGCGAUGGACUCAAACGCGGAAUGAACGUCUAAGAUGAACUAUGUAAAUGAUGGGUCUUAUGCAUUGGUCUUGGUGCUCUGCAGCAGUUUGCUUUAGUUGUUGUUCAGCUUUCACAAAAGUUGAUACUAAUUGAGAUGUGGAUACCAUAAAUGCUAAGAAUAUUACAUGAGAAUUAUAAAUGCUGAAAAAAUGUCUGUGCUUUUGUAUAGCAUACAACAUUAUACAUACAUUUUUACAGUUUUUUUCCCACUGCAGAACGUUAAAACUGCUGUAAAUUUGUAGAAUUUUUAAAAUAUGUUGUAUUGCACUAAAUACUUCUGAAAGUAUUCAGUUAUGAAGUCUGAAAUAAUUCCCUCCUGCAUCUUAAACCAACUGUGGUAGUUUUGAGACUCUUGAAAUCAUCUGCUCUUUCUGGGCCUUCUUGUAUAAUAAAGGUGCCAACCACCAUACUAGCUUGUAAUCCCCACCCCUCCAUUAGACCCUCUGCUGCUGUAUAAGUGUAAUUGCUUUGAGUAGGAAAGCUUUGGCGGGAGGGGGGAAUGAAGGGGUGGUGUAUGAAAUGUUGUAAGUUAUUGCAAAGGCUCAUGGGAGAUCUAGACACGUGCUGUCUUCUCACUUGGCUAAUUCCCCCCCCCCUCGUUCUGGACAGUGGUUAUGUUGGUAAGCAGCAGCAUAGAGGCAGACAAUUCAAUUAUUGGAGAAUAACACAACACCUGCAGUACAACAAUUAACAUUUUCAGCGCCAGUCCUAUAUUUUAUAUUCAUGUGCUCUGGUUGCAAAUUCCUUUUUGAGUAAUAAUGAAGCUUAGCUGCACAGAAAAAGACAAAUGUUUUCAUAAUCUUUACUUUGCUGUAUCACAUUAAAUAAAUGUCAUGUUUAUGCUUGA